CACAGACCUCUCGCUCCUUGGCAGACUCGGUUGUCCCGCUGCAGUCCUAAUGGAGAACCGCGCCGAGUGUUCCUCAUUCUGAUCCAGUUUCUUCAAUAAUUAUGCCGCGGUACUGCGCUGCACAAGACUGCUCGAACAGCGUAUGUUACAGCGGCAGGCCUGCGCACAAGUUUCCGAGUGAGCCCACGUUGCGGAAGCUGUGGAUUCGCGCGGCCCGUCCUUCCCAGCCAACAUGGAAGCCCGCCAAAGGCGAUUGUCUUUGCACGGAGCACUUCGAAGACGAGGACUACAAGACGAGCCCGAAGUUGCUGCAAAGUCUGGGCUUGCCUGUAAAACAGGCCUAUUUGAAGCCUGACGUGGUGCCAUCGCUCUUCACGCGAAAACGCAAGCGAGAGCGGCACAGCGGCGCCGUGGAAAAACGGCGACGGAAAGAGAUAAUUGCUGAAUUGCUGGAGGCACCGGCACAAGCAAAGGCCACACUCAUCGCUGAAGAAGUCAGCACAUCGUCAACCCCUUCUGGUGACGACACUGAGCAAGCUCCUGACUCUGGACAUGAACCAAUGCAUGAUGCAAAUGCUGGCAUCGAAGAACCUUGUUCGAGCUCAGCCCCCUCCAUCAGUAAUGCCAAACAGGCUCAACCUGACCUUCGGAACGCUGCUACGUAGACCUCGGGCAUCUACAGAAAUCGAGGCAUACAAGUCACCUUGAAGACUUCAUCACGAAAGUCCCAAACGAAUCCUGUCCUCGUGACACCACGAUGCUCCUCACCAAAUCAUGUCCCCCAGGCUCCAUUGGAUUGGAUGUUGCCUGAAGGGCUGACUCUGUCGCCGCAGCCGCCAGUGCGCAGACAACCAGCUCCACCACCGGACCCACCACAGCUGCCAACAAUAAACAAUGAGCUGCCCAGUGCAGGCCAGGAAGAGUCUGUUGAAGAGUGUCCCACGGAGCUGCCAGAGCCACACGUGGAAGCAGACAGCCUAUACCUCCCCUCUGACGCUAGCUUCCUCAUGAUGAUGUCCGACACCGGCUUUCUGAGGGAUGCACAGCAGAACACUGCAUCUGACAGCGCACUCAGUCAGCAUGAGAGCAGCAAAAGCAUCGACUACGUCUCGGAACGAAAGUUUAUUGUUUUCGAGUCUUGUUUGGACGAGCUACUAGGUAAUUGUCCCGAGUGCACUGCACUGUGCCGCAUCACAGAGAAGAAGAUCAGAGGGACAUGUCUCCGGGUGCACAGAAUGUGCAACAAUGGCCACCAACACACCUGGACCAGCCAACCAUCAGUGAAUAGGAGGGCCCUGGGCGAUGUGCUCCUAGCUGCAGCAACGCUCUUCUCUGGGAGCAUCGUCAAAAAAGUGCUAAGGCUCCUCCACCAGAUGGGCGUGCCCUGUUUAUCGUACGAGACAUACUUUAAGAUUCAGGGUGCCUUCCUUCUACCAGCGAUCAGACAGGUGUGGAACAGGAAACAAAACGAGCUCUUCGAGCAAGCAAGUGGACGAGAACUGGUCCUCGCUGGUGAUGGGCGGUCAGACUCCCCCGGGCACUCAGCAAAAUAUGGAACGUACACCGUCGUCGACGUGUCAACGAAGAAGGUUCUCCAUGUGGAAACAGUGCAGUCCAACGAAACGAAGGGCAGCUGGGCAAUGGAGCUCGAGGGCCUGAAAAGGACUCUACUGAUUUGUGAAGCCAAUGGAUUGACUGUGGGAGGAAUCAUCACUGAUCGCCACUCCAUGAUCAAGUCAUUCCUUGCCAAGUGGUACCCCCAGAUUCGGCACAUGUUCGACUGCUGGCACGUUGCAAAAGGCAUCAAGAAACGCAUGGUCUCAGCUGGGAAACUCAAAUCCCUUGUGGGACUCCAAGACUGGGUGCAGGCAACUGUCAAGCACCUCUAUUGGUGUGCGGAAUCCAGCGAUGGAGCGCCAGAGGAGAUCCUUCCUAAGUGGACUUCCCUGGUGGGACACGUGGCUGACUUGCACGAACAUGCCGACCCCCUGUAUCCAAGGUGCCGGCACGGAGACCUGGGGAAGAAAAAGUGGCUUCCUGAGGGACUUCAGGCACACGACAAGCUAAAGAGCAUCGUGCUGUCAAAGCCACUGCUGAAGGACAUCCCGCAGCUCUCAACCUCAGCGCAAACCUAUGCAACUGAGUGCUUUCACAGCACUGUGAACCAGUUCGCACCGAAGUCGACACACUUCGGUUACGAGAGCAUGCAGGCAAGAGUCUUUGUGGCAGCGCUGCAUUUCAACGAAAACAGCGACAGGCCACAGGCGACUACUAAGGAAGGCAAAAAAAGGUUCCUGGUCAAGCGGCCUAAACAAACAAAGAGGCCGAUUGCAUCUCCCAUGAAAGGGCCCUGCACAUACGCCUAUGUACAAGAGCUCAUGAAGGAAACCCUUGCCCUCAAUUGCCACUACCCGUCGUACCGAGCUGCACGAAAGGCCAACUGUGUCGAGGCUCCCCCAACUCUGUCCAGUGGAUAUGAACGCCCCAACAAGGACCUGCUCAUCUCUAACCACCGUUCCCGGUUCAACUGCUAAGCUGAAGCUGAAGGAACAUGUACUGUCGGGGAAAAAUCAAAUGCGAACAGAAGAGCGCGUGGCUUGCGGUACAAGCUGCGCCGCCUGGAAGCGAGCCUAGGGGCGAGGGUGCAUGGCCUACCCGAUGAGUUUACGCCCUUCGCUCGGCACUCCCCAAGCUUCAGCAGUGCGCCUCUUAGUGCACUGAAAGCUAUCACCACUAUCUUUGCUCACUCGGCGCAUGCGGCACAAGGAAGCUUGCUGCUUGUAGCAGCUAAAGCGCGCACUCUCUCGGAGCGAGCAAAGAUAGAGGUGGUAGCUUUCAGUGCACUAAGAGACGCACUGAUGAAGCUUAGGGAGCGCCAAGCGGAGAGCAUAAACAUAUCGGAGUAGGCCACGCACCUUCGCCCCUAGGCUCACUUCCAGGCAGCGCAACCUGUACCGCAAGCCACGCGCUCCUCUGUUUGCAUAUCAUUUUUCCCUGACAGUACAUUGUGCAGGAACUUGAAACAUUUAUUUACACUAUGCACAAGCAGCAAAGCAGUUCGAUCUGACGUGUCAAUCGCAUCUGUUCCGAGCACGAGCCCCCGGUCGCCAGCCCCUUGCCACGAGCUCCUUUUCAAAACGUCUGUGGCCCAUUUUCUCGUCUUAGGUCUCCGAUUGUUGGUACAGACUCCCCACCGAAUGGGUGUUACCCCAUUUUAAAUUUGUUAUCUCUAGCGGAUAGAGAAGUUGGUCUUUUCAGAAGACUGCCCCUGUCCGGGCGCACUAUACACGCACAAAUCCUGCCGUCUCGCCCACAGAAAACCUUUUCAACUCUUCCUAUCUUCCGGAGUAAACGUGGGAGCUGUUCCUUCAGAAGGACGAGCCCGCCCACCUCCAGACGUGGCGAUUGCUGGCCUUUUGUUUCAAGGGCAGAUCGAAGUUCUCUCGGGUAGUCUGACCUCCCGUUACCCAGAGUCUGUUAAAGAAUGCUUUCCUUUGUUUCCAUAUUUCUCGGAGCAUCUCUGGAGACGACGCAAAGUCUUCUCUUUCAGCCACUGGAAGUGCUGUCAGUCGUCCUCCCCUGAAAAAGCUAGUCGGUGUGAGCGGCUGGCCUUCGUCAAGCUCAUUGUAAACGAAUGUUGGGGGACAAGAAUUUAGCAUCGCCUCAAUUUCGCAUAGGACUGUGGACAACUCUUCUGCUGCGUUCAUAGUUUUUCUCCCGAUCACUUUUCUUAGUCCCACCUUCACGUAUCAAACCAGUCGCUCGUAGAAUCCUCCCCACCAAGGAGCACGCUCAACAAUAAAACUCCCCUCGAUGGUUGCAUUGGCGAAGUGAUUCACCACUUCUGAGUGUCGUAGGAUCUUCCGAAGUUCUGCCAGGUCUCUGGAGGCUCGCUUGAAGGUUAGCGCAUUGUUUGAGUAGAUGAUGCGGCAAAGUCCCCUCCAUGACACAAACUUACGGGCAGCUACAAGAAAACUUCUCGUUGAAACGUCUGGUACGAGCUCCAAGUGGACCACCCGCGCCACUGGACAAGUGAACAGCGUGAUGUACGACGUCCUUUGCCUGUAUGUACAGCAGUCCUGCAAAAUCUACACCAACUACCUCGAAAGGUUCAGCCUGCGUCGUUCUCGUACGCAGCAGAGGUCCCGCUGGAGCACUGGAGCACUCGCCGGAAUAGCACUAAAUCGCUGGCACGUUACACACAGCGCAGCAUCUUCUUCACCAGCUCUCGUACCCCGAAGGAUCCAAUACCUCUCGCGGAGCUGGACUGGAGUGUGUCUUGCUCCUGCGUGUAAC